GCCGCGCGCGCCCGCGCCACUCUCACACUCUCACGGGCGCGCGCCUCGGCCUCGGCCAGGGCGCCGGGCGCAUGCGCCGGGGAGGUGAACGUGGAGGGUGGGGAAGGCCGCGGAGCGUGCCGCUCCUGGCUGGGAAGUUUCUGGAAAGAGGGGUACAAAGGGAACCCGAGGGGAUGGGGAGAGAGAAGACCGCGGAAAGUCCAAAGUACACGGCCUUAGCAGAGCCCACGACCGACGACACCCUCCCAUCCAGGGAGGAAGCAUGGGGACAGGGAAGCGGCCUGGGAGACGCGGAAUGGCGGGGACAUUUGAAAGAUGGAGGCGGAGGCGCCCGGACGCGGGGCUCCGAUGGAUAGGACCCAGCGUGGCGGGCGAGACGCUGGGCUAGGGGGCCCUGGGGCCAGCGGGGGUGUGGCGCGCGCCCGAGCUCCUUUCCCUGCGGCUCGAGAGGGCGAAGGGCGCAUGGACAGCGUGGGAAGGAACUCUGGCCGCGGCGACGGCUCUCCGCUCCGCGGCCCACCCGGCUGCCAUUUUGUACUGCGGCCGCCAUUUCGCGCGGCCCGUGGGCGGGGGAGGGGCGCGGCUCGCGGUAGGCGGGGCGCGGCCCUGGUCCCUUUGUUCUUCGCCUGGGGUCCGGGGACCUCUCGGGCUCGGCCGCCUGCUCGCUACCGCAGCGUGUGAACAGGGAGAGGCAGCCCCCGAGGCGUGCGGGGUCCCGGAGCCCAUUGGAAGCAGGGUGUGUCCCCAUGCGGGGGAUUACGUCCUGCGUGGGGAGACUUGGACCGCCACGGUGGGAAGCGGCUACGGGCGCCGCAUCCUCCACCUCUGCAAACAAAGUCAAGUUCGGUCCGGAAACUGACAAAGGUGCUCGGACUCCGAGGAGCGAAGCACCGGGAGGCGGGGCUCGUGCAGCCCACGAGGUGGAGGAGCAUUGAGAGCUUGGCUUCCAUUGGCUGGCCCUCCAAGCACUGGGCUUGCCGGGCCCAUUCACUCUGACCCAGAAGCCUGAACAAUAAAUAUGCUGCGAUGGCUUUCUUCUGUCGACAUCAACUUCCACUUAACUUAUUUUCAGGAAACCUUACGAGUUUAUAACAACAAUAAAAUACGUGCCUGGCAUCGAUCACCCUUUCCCAUUCUGAAAAAGCCAUUGGCUUCUUAGGGAAUAUUUUAAUGCGAAUCUUGGUUGUGUGUAAUGCUGAAAAUUCUGGCACUUUUCUAGCAAAGCCAGAAAAUUUGAAAAACGCUGCUAAAUUUGACUUCCAGUUUUUUGUGCAGUUUUUUUCCCCCCUUAAUGGUUGACGUGGUUUUUCUUCAGAACAGCCUGGUAUCAUAAAGGAACCAGCCCAUCCUGACUCAUCUAUUUGUGUCUAGGCUACAGUAAACCUCUUUUUUUGUCUUCUCACUAUGUAUAAUUAUGACGACUGCUUAUGUUUUCUGUAAUAGUGGGGUAAAGCUUAUGAUGACAGACUGAAAAGGUUAAAAACAUUGUUGAGGGAACCCAUCGGGAUUUUGAUGACUGCCAGACAAGAGGAAUUUAGAGAGGCUUUUAGAUUUCAAAUUUCAUGAAUAGGUGGGCUUGGUAGAGUUAUAAAAUUGUAUACUAUGUCUUUAAGAUUACAUAAAUAGUCUGAAAACUUUAGUAGUGAUUACUUAAAAUAUGUUGUCUUUGUCGUGUUUUCUUAUCUUGUAACCAAAUAAAAUAAUCCAAAUCUU